AUGUCCUUAUUUCAAGAGAGUAUUCUGGAACUCAUCAGCGAGACCUCCACCAAUCUCCCGCCGGAUGUCCGGCGGGCCAUGGCCGACGGACUGCACUCCGAGACUCCCGCCACUCAAGCGUCGCAAGCCCUCAACGUCAUCGCCACCAACAUCGACAUGGCGACCCAGGACGAGGGGCCCAUCUGCCAGGAUCACCGGGAUGCCCACCUUCAAGAUCAAGACCCCGGUGGGCGCCAACCAACUGUGCUGCGGGAGGACCUCCGCCAUGCCGUCGCCGAGGCCACCCGGCGGGGCAAGCUCCGCCCCAACUCGGUGGAUUCGCUGACGGGCAAAAACAGCGGCGACAAUCUGGGCCCCGGCACCCCCAUCGUGCACUUCGAGCAGUGGGAGAACGCGGAGGAGAUCGAGAUCAAGCUGAUCCUCAAGGGAGGCGGCUGCGAAAACAAGAACAUCCAGUACUCCGUCCCCUGCGAGCUGCCCCACCUGGGGAGAGCCGACCGGACCCUGGACGGGGUUCGCAAAUGCAUCCUGCAUGCCGUCUGGCAGGCCCAGGGGCAGGGGUGCAGCGCCGGAGCCCUGGGCGUCUGUAUCGGAGGCGACCGCACCUCCGGAUACACUCACGCCAAGGAGCAGCUUUUUCGAACCCUGGACGACACCAAUCCCAACCCUCAACUGGCCGCGCUGGAGGACUACAUCAUGAAGGCCGGCAACACCCUGGGGAUCGGCACCAUGGGCUUUGGAGGGCAAGUAACGCUGAUCGGCUGCAAGGUGGGUGUCCUCAACCGCCUGCCGGCCAGCUUCUUCGUGUCGGUGGCCUACGACUGCUGGGCCUUCCGGCGGCUGGGGGUCAUCCUGGAUGCCAGCACCGGGGCUCUGAAGCGCUGGCUCUAUCGGGAGGACAAACCGGCGGCUCCCAUGGCUGUCGGCGAAGGAUUUCCACGCACGGGCAAGGAAGUCCGGCUGCAGGCUCCACUCACCGAGGAAAAAGUGCGCCGGCUCAAAAUGGGCGACGUGGUCCUGGUCAGCGGUGAGAUCUACACCGGCCGCGAUGCCGUUCACGCCUAUCUGAUGAAACAUGAUUCUCCGGUGAAGCUGCAGGGCAGCGUGCUCUACCACUGCGGCCCGGUGGUUAUGAAAGACAACGGCCAUUACCGGAUCACGGCGGCCGGGCCGACUACCAGCAUUCGCGAAGAACCCUAUCAGGCGGAGAUCAUCGAGCGAUUCGGCAUUCGAGCCGUGAUGGGGAAAGGAGGCAUGGGGGCCAGAACGCUGGCAGGGCUGAAAGCAUCGGGCGCCGUCUACCUGAACGCCAUUGGCGGGGCAGCCCAGUAUUACUCCCGCUGCAUCGAGGAGGUGCUGGGGGUCCACCUGCUGGAAUUCGGCAUUCCCGAGGCCAUGUGGCACAUCCGGGUCAAGGACCUGCCCGCCAUCGUCACCAUGGACUCCCACGGGAAUUCACUGCACGCCGACGUGCACAACGCCUCGGCCGUUCUGCUGUCCAAGCUGGCCGAGCCCGUUUUUUCUGAAGACCCGCCCCCCUUGCAGAGGCCGGCCAGGGAGAGGCGCUUUCGGCUCGAGCCCUUGCAAGCAGGAAGCGGACAGACUAUAUUGAGGGCUGCCGGACCGCCUCAUGCAAGCCCUUAG